CAAUUGAAAGAACCAUCUCCUAUGUCAAAAUCGAGGCAAAGCUGGGUUUGGUCGUCAUGUGGAAUGAAAAAGACGCCCUCUGGGUUGAGCUGGAUGCAAAAUUCAAGAAUCAGACAUGUGGCCUGUGUGGUGACUUCAACGGAAUACAGGUUUAUGAUGAGUUCAUCAAAACAGAAACAGGGAAGUCUGUUACUCUUGAAUAUGGGGAGGCCUGGAAGGUCAAUGGUCCAACUGAAGAGUGUGAAGAAAUCUCCUCACCAGCCACACAGACCUUUGCAAGUGAAGUAAGAGGAAAUGGAUUUGCUGACCCACACAAAAACCUCUGUACAAACCUGCUGUCAGGACCUGCAUUGCUCAGCUGUCAAAACCUGGUUGCUACUGACUCCUUCAUCGGCGCCUGUGUGAAGGACUUGUGCCGCUGUAAAAACAGUACUUCAUGUUUGUGUUCAACCAUUUCGGAGUACUCUCGUCAGUGCGCUCAUGCAGGCGGGAAACCACAGCAAUGGCAAACAGCACAACUGUGUGCAAAAACAUGCCCUUUCAACAUGGAGCAUAAGGAAUGCAGUAGUCUUUGUACUGACACCUGCAGCAACCAAAAGAGAAGCCAUGUGUGCGAGGAUCACUGCGUAGAUGGAUGUUUCUGUCCAAAUGGGACUGUCUUUGACGACAUUACACAAAGUGGGUGUGUUGCUGUUGACUCGUGCUCCUGCUUACACCAUGGCAAGCUGUACAAGACAGGGGAAUCACACUCAAGGGCAUGUCAAAACUGCACCUGUACCCAGGGUCAGUGGCGUUGCAAAGAUAUGGACUGUCCUGGUGUCUGCUCUGUGCUGGGUGGCUCCCACAUCUCCACCUAUGAUGGUAAAACUUAUACUUUCCAUGGAGACUGCUCUUAUGUUCUCUCCAAGGAAACAAAUGGGACUUUCAGUGUCCUUGGUGACCUGGCCACAUGUAAAAGAUCAGAUAAAUCAACUUGCCUGACUGCAGUCACCCUACUACUGCCUAAAUACAUGAUGAUUGUAGUAGAAGCCAGCGGACAUGUUUCGUAUAACAAACUGACCACUCAGCUGCCUCUGUUCAUGGAUGACAUUAUGAUCUUCAAACCAUCGACAUUCUUUAUUGUAAUCCACACCAACUAUGGGCUUGAUCUCGAGAUUCAGCUUUCACCCAUUAUGCAGAUCUACAUCAAAGCCAGUGUUUCCAAUAAGGGACAACUCACAGGUAUUUGUGGAGAUUUUACAUGCAUGUGAACCAAAAAAGCUCUCAGAACCACAAAUGGAUUAACUGAGGGAACGGCUGGGACAUUUGUCAACACAUGGAAGACCAGGACAAGCUGCUCCGAUGUGACAAACAUACUAGGGGACCCCUGCCUUUUGAGCAUAGACAAUGAGAAAUAUGCCAAACAUUGGUGCGCCUUGCUGUCGGACCCAAAAGGGAUGUUUGCAUUGUGCCAUUCUGUAAUAAACCCAAAACGCUAUCAAGAUUCUUGUAUUUAUGACACCUGUGCCUGUGAUAACAGUGAGGAGUGCAUGUGUGCUGCCAUAUAUUCCUAUGUCCAUGCAUGUGCUGCUAAAGGUGUCUUAUUUAAUGGAUGGAGAAACACUAUAUGCGAGAAAUACACGACUGGCUGCCCUUCUACUUUUGUGUAUGGCUACCAAAUGACAAGCUGUGGUCGCACCUGCCGCUCUCUUAGUCAGUCAGACUUAACAUGUGCGGUUGAAUUUACCCCGCUUGAUGGCUGCGGCUGUGCUGAAGGAACUUACCUGAAUGAGGAGGGUGAGUGUGUGUCUGCCUCACAAUGCUCCUGCCAUGUGGGAGACACAGUGGUACGCCCCGGGCAGGUCAUCAGCGUCCAUGGACAAACCUGCUCCUGUCAUAGUGGAGAACUAAGAUGUACAGGAAGCCAAAUAAGUGAAUCAUGCACCGAGCCAAUGGUUUUUUUCAACUGCUCAAGCGCAAAGCCAGGUGACAUGGGAUCCGAGUGCCAACAAAGCUGCCAGACCCUGGACACAGAAUGUGAUUACUGCGGGGACGAUAUGAAUGGCACCUUCAGGGUCCUGACUGAGAGCAUCCCAUGUGGAACAACUGAAAGCAUUUGCUCGACUGCUAUCAAACUCUACUUAGGGAACCAUGAAAUUGUUCUUUCAGAGGAAAAUGUCAGAGUUAUCAAACAAAGCAAAGGGGUGGACAUACCAUAUCAAGUCCACACUAUGGGCAUAUAUCUCGUCAUUGAGGCAAAGAAUGGUCUUGUUCUCAUUUGGAAUAAGAAGACAACACUCAUGAUCCAACUCAAGUCCACAUUCAAGGGGAAAGUCUGUGGUCUAUGUGGGAAUUAUGAUGGAAACAUCAAGAACGAUUUUACCACCAGAAACAAAGAAGUUGUGGUUGAAGCCCUUGAGUUUGGAAACAGCUGGAAAGUGUCACCUACCUGCCCUAAUGCAAACACACUAAAAAAUCCCUGCAUGCUGUACUCACACAGGCAGGCAUGGGCAUUAAAACACUGCAGCAUUAUUAACAGCAAAGUAUUUGCUGGUUGCCACUCAAAGGUGGAUCCAAAAGACUAUUAUGAUGCCUGUGUGACAGACACAUGUUCCUGCAACACAAGAGGAGAUUGUGAGAGUUUCUGCUCAGCUGUAGCAGCCUACGCAGCAGCCUGUAAUGAGGCCGGAGCUUGUGUGAAAUGGAGAACUCCCAAAAUUUGUCCUCUGUUCUGUGAUUUUUACUACCCUGAUGGAAAGUGUGAAUGGCACUAUGAGCCUUGUGGAAAAAAAUGCAUGAAGACAUGCCGGAAUCCCUCAGGAGUAUGCUACAAUCACAUUCCAGCAUUAGAAGAAAAACCUACCACAACAACCCCCAUUGUAGUAACAAGUGGAGUGGUUACAACAUCACCAUCAACAACAUCACCAUCAACAGGAGGACAAACUACCACAACAACAGCCACAGAAAAACCUACCACAACAGUCACAAAAGAAUGUACCCCAACAACAGUCACAGAAAAACCUACCACAACAGCAGCCACAGAAAAACCUACCACAGCAACAGUCACAGAAAAAUCUACCACAACAACAGUCACAGAAAAACCUACCACAAAAUCAGUCACAGAAAAAACCACCACAAUAACAGCCACAGAAAAACCUACCACAACAACCCCCAUUGUAGUAACAAGUGGAGUGGUUACAACAUCACCAUCAACAGGAGGACAAACUACCACAACAACAGCCACAGAAAAACCUACCACAACAGUCACAAAAGAAUGUACUCCAACAACAGUCACAGAAAAACCUACCACAACAACAGCCACAGAAAAACCUACCACAACAGUUACAAAAGAAUGUACCCCAACAACAGUCACAGAAAAACCUACCACAACAGCAGCCACAGAAAAACCUACCACAACAACAGUCACAGAAAAAUCUACCACA